AUGGCAUUUACUGCCUUAACUAUAUAUUAAGCUAUUAAUGGAAAAAGCUCAAGUACUACAAAUAAUACAAAUACUACAAACAUUACAAACUAAAGAAGACAAAAAUCUGAAGAUGGUGCUACCAAAACAACUGGAGCAAAUGCUUCUAUAAUGAUGACUGGAGAAUAAGGUAAACCAAACAAGGAAAAAGGAUUUUUAGAUGGUCCUUAUGGAAGUCAUUCUAUAAAUAUACAUGGUCAUAAAUAUCAACAUUUUGUAUGUGUUAGUGGAGGAAUAGGAGUUACUCCUAUUUUAAGUACUGCUAAAGAGAUUUUACAUGAAAUAAAAAAAGGAAGAAUAGUUAAAAGCUUAUAUUUUAUUUGGUCUGGAAGAGAUGUUUCUAUUAUUUAAAAUUUAUUAAAACCUAAUGAAUUAGAGACAAAAGAAACAGAAUUAGUCAAAAGCUUUUAUCAUUUGACAACUGAUAAUAAAAAUGCUAUUAAUAAAAAUGAUAUAGAAAUGUAAAAUAUGAGUAAUACUUUACUUACUAAAUUGGUGUCUGGAAGACCUAAUUUAAAUAAGUAUUUUGAAAAUAUUUAUAAUUCGGUAUCUAGAUCAGAUACAAAACAUAUUGGUGUGUUUGUUUGUGGACCUUCUGCGAUUAUUAAUAAAGUUGAAAUAUUAGCUUAAAAAUGGUCAAAAGAUUAAGUUAUAUAUGAUGUGCAUUAAGAAGUUUUCGAAUUUUGA